ACGUACAAAUGCGGAAAACGAACAUGUCGUUUGCAUAGUUGGGCGUGAUAUUUAAAAUCACGUGACUCGUCGCCAUUUUAACUGUUGCUCGGAAGAAAUAUUUUUCUAUGAGCGCUAGCGUUAACCCGUCGUAAUAUGGAUUCUCUGGUGGAAGUUGAGGUAGAGUUUCCAUACACGGCUGAGCAGCCAGAUGAGCUGACCAUCAAGGUGGGAGACGUGAUCAAGAAUGUGGUCAUGGAGGACGGGGGCUGGUGGGAGGGAGAGCUCAACGGAAAGAAGGGCAUGUUUCCAGAUAACUUUGUCAAGGUGAGGAAGGCUCCCGAGAAGGAGGCAGCCAAGAAAGAUGAUGGCAAGAAAGAUGAUGGCAAGAAGAAGGACAUACAGGCCACCAAGCGGCAGUCGGUGAAGGACCUCGCCAACAAGCUCAAGCUGGGACAGGUUGGCCAUGAAGGGCCGCCAAUGAUGAAGAGAAAAGAUACAAAUACAAAGAAGAAGCGAGCAAAGGUUGUGUUUUCAUAUGAGCCAGAACAGGAAGAUGAGCUGAAGCUUGAUAUUGGGGACAUGGUAGAGGUUUUAAAACAGGUGAUUUGGGACGGGGGCUGGUGGGAGGGAGAGCUCAACGGAAAGAAGGGCAUGUUUCCAGAUAACUUUGUCAAGGUGAGGAAGGCUCCCGAGAAGGAGGCAGCCAAGAAAGAUGAUGGCAAGAAAGAUGAUGGCAAGAAGAAGGACAUACAGGCCACCAAGCGGCAGUCGGUGAAGGACCUCGCCAACAAGCUCAAGCUGGGACAGGUUGGCCAUGAAGGGCCGCCAAUGAUGAAGAGAAAAGAUACAAAUACAAAGAAGAAGCGAGCAAAGGUUGUGUUUUCAUAUGAGCCAGAACAGGAAGAUGAGCUGAAGCUUGAUAUUGGGGACAUGGUAGAGGUUUUAAAACAGGAGGAGGAAGGUUGGUGGGAGGGGAUAGUGAACGGCAAGCAGGGCAUGUUCCCAUCCAACUUUGUGGAGAUCAUUGAGGAAGGGGAUUCAACAGAACCAGCCGUUGAGAACACAGAAGAGCGUUUGAUUAAGGGAAAGAAGAUUCAAGGUGUUGGACUGGGCAACAUUUUCAAUGAUGGACCAAUCAAAUUGCGGAAAACAACGGGAAAUUCUCAGGAGCAGCCUAAGGCAGAGAAGAGGGAGGAACCUGCUAUCAGAAAACCAAAAGGUGUCCAAACCCCAGACAGGAAUCUAGCAUAUGCACAGAUUGAGUCCAAUUGCAUGCAACUAAACCAUGAGAAAUCCUCUUCCGAAAUUGAUCCCAUUUUCACUGAAGACAUUGACUACUUUGAUGAUGAUAAUAAGCACUAUAUUGACUCACUUUACAAUCAGAAGUCUUUUGAAACAAGUCUGUUUGACCACUAUGAUGAAACUGAUGUCUCUUUUGUUAGGAAUUAUUCUAGCAUGUAUUAUAUUGAGGGAAACAAUGAUGACAAUUAUUCUUUUGGUAUGUCAGACCAGCAUCAGUUUUCAACUGAAAGUAGAAAGCAAGACAUUCAAGGGGUCAUGAAUGUUCUUGGUGACCUUGAUGAUUGUUUGCAUCAAGAGUCAUCAGAUCAGAACCCUAGCAGCCCUUCUGUGACCACCAAACGGUCACAGGUGGCUGACGAUGUUCUAACUGGUUUUGAAAAAAUGGAGACUUUGGCUUGUUGGGGGCAGAUGGAUCUGACCCCUCCCCAGAAACUCAGCUUCUGUAAGGCAAUUGACAGUGUGUAUGUCACAAAGAAGAGGCAAUUUGACUCUACUGAGAAGAAUGUAGAAAGCACGCCUGGCAGACUGUCUAAGAACAGCAAUGUGGACACUGAAAGGAUCACAAAGGUUCUCACAUUCGGAAUGGGGGAUCCACUCGGGGGCUUUGUAAAGUUCACACCUGUUACAGAUUGUCAUGGCCACUCGGUGCUGGUGCCCAAGCCUAUUGAGGCUGGCAGCUCUGAUUUCCAUUCCCCUGCCAUGAUUAAGGUAUCUGAUACUCAAACUAGCACUCCUAGAUCCCCUAAAACAUACUUGCAGUCUCUGAACAAAUCUGGUACUCUUUCACCCUUUAUCAAGUCCAUUGCAGACAAGUACAAGCUGUUUGAAAAACCAGCCCCUCAUUUCAAGUCAAUCAAUGUGGAUGUUGCUGAAGACCUUUCACAUGGUUCCUUCAUGCUACAGCACACCCUUGAUGUAAGCUAUCAAGAUGAAGAGAUGAAUGAAACUUCUGACGUAGAUGUUAAAGCACAAUCACCAACAGAUGAAGAUAUUGACCAUAUGUUGAAUAACUACAUUUACGAUGUGGUGUGUGGUGAAAGGAACUGUGACAUGAAUGACUUCCCCUGUAAAUCGGAAUCAGAUUCAAAAUUAGGAUCCCAUGUUGCCUCCAACAUGUCAGUGGUUGUUUGCAUUGAUGAAGAUUCAGUGAAACUGUCGAGGGAGGCAUUAUCUGAAGAUUCCUUUGAUCCCCAGCAACUACCAAGUUCACUAGACACCAGCGCUGUACUUUCAAUGACAGAUGUGAAUAAUGAUACUGACGCACUAGAAACCAGUGUUCUACUUUCAAUGACAGACAUGAAUUAUGAUACUGUUGAAAGCAUUAAAGAAAAAGCAGAAAAUGAUCUAGAUCCAACAGAUCCCCAAGAGGUACCUAAGAAUGUGGCUAAGAGUCCUGCAGUUUUGUCCCUGAUAUUGAAAUCGAACAGCGCCUCACUUAGCUCUGCAUUCUUGUCAAAACAUCUUGUCAAAACGUCUGAAAAGGAUUUCACCCUGCCAGGAAGUGGUAAUGCUGUUAAAGCAUCAAGUUAUUGUAGAAUUCCAUUCACAAAUGAUUCUCCUUCAUUCUGGUUCAGCAAGGAUGUUUCUGAGUCGCCCAUAUCACAGGGUAGAGAGCUGCGAGUGAAAUCACCAAAGAGAUCUUGUAGCGAAUUGAUAACUAAAUGUGAAAAGAUGAUCAAUUCUGAAAUCAGUGGUGAUUCUCUAUUGCCUCCCAACACUGCCACUGCAUUCUUUUCAGGAGACCAAUCUCCUGCUAAAAAGAGAAGACGCAGAACUCUGUCUGAUCUUGAAACCAAUACUGAUUAUAAGGUAUCUGAUAAGUCUAAGGAUGCAAUUGGGGAACUUCCAAAUGAAAUUGGAAGUGUCGAGACAUACUUUGGGAUCACUAAUGAGCCAUGUCCAGAGUCUACACAAGUUAGUAGAGAAAGCCUGAAAACAAUGUUGGAUACCAACUGUAUUCCAGAAUGCCAUGUUACAAGCAAAGCCACUAGUUUGUGUGCUUCAACAAGCAGAACAUCAAAAAGUCCUCUGGGAGUACACUGUUCUGGGAGCUUAGAGAAUUCCACAACUUUCAUUGAUGCCUGUUCAGAAAAACCAAAGAAACAAGGAUUUUUCAGACGAUUAUUCACACGAAUAAGAAAAUCAUCUGAGCAAAAGAAAGAAAGUGUCCAGUUAUUGAAAUACACAAAACUGUCAGAUACACAUAUGGUUGCAAAGCAGAGUGAAAAGUCAUCCUUGAAGUCAGAUUUAGAGAAAUUUACAUCAUGUUUCCAUGACUCCUCAUUCCAACAUCAUUCAGAGUUUAUUGAGGAAUGUGUGCCCAACGAGUCCAUUUCAGGUGAGGUUCAUGAGAGAAUACCUCCUUCCGCUGUGGAUGAAGAAAGUCAGACUGUUGUAUUGCAUUCUGCUUAUUGCUGUGAAGUUGAUGCCUUUGUGCAGUAUGACAAUAAAGGCAAAUUUUCCAAAGAAAUGCAUGCUAAUGGUGAUGCAAAAGCUACUGAUGAGAUUGGAAAAGUCAAUAAGAGAGUGAAAGCUCUGGCAGGAACCUCUGAACUCAGAAAGCUGGCUGCUGCUGAGUAUGAAGUAGAUAAUAGUUUGAUGAAAUCAGAUGAAGAUGGUAAGAUCCCCCAAGUUGAGCUUGCAAGUGUUGAUGGAAGAGAAACAGAUAGGGUGAACGUUGUCAGUAGCACUGUGGAAACUCUAGCUGAGACAAGGUACAGCUUGUAUAGUGCCAUUUCAUCAGCUGUACAAGCAUGCUCUGAUCUACUUGGAGAAAGAAAAAUUGAAGGAGCCAGGUAUAUAUUCAACAAUGAAACUGCUGGUGACAUUACUCCAGAUCCAGAUGCUCUUGUGAAAGAUCUUCAGGGAUUGGAUUUGUCUGCAACCCCUCAGUAUGCCAAAACAGAUGAUGUAGAUCAGGAGAUGAGAACAGUGUUGAACGAUGCCAUAGGAUCUUUAGAUAACAUCCUUAUUGACAGCUUUGCUUCAUCAUUGUCAGAGUCUCCAGUGAAAGAAUCAGAUAUGGAUAAGGACAUGACAGAUGGUACAGAUGUUGGUGACAUGCGUGGCACUAAGGCUGUUGAAUUGGAGGAGUUAGUUUUACAUGUUGUAGGGAGAAGAUGCUUGCUGCAUGAACCAGAGCAGUACAAAGUUUUGAAAGAUGAUAUGGCAGAUAAAACUGUUGAGGUGCAUGACGACUCCAUCCUGAAUAUUGUUGGUACAAAAUGUGAGAUACAUGAAACAGGAAAUGAUGACGAUGAGUUGGAAUAUGUUCCUGUAGAAUAUGAGAUGCAUGUGAAGAGUUCUAUUUCAGCUUUAGCUAAACCUGUGCAUGUCAGUAUCAACAACUGCAGCAGUAGUAAUGUGAACUUUGAUGAAGCCUUUGAGGUGGAUAAUCAUGAGGAGCUUAAUGACUUGCCCAGUAGUACCCCUAUGCCAUCUUCUGCUCAGUUGCAGACUUUGACCAGGAAUGAAGAUGUUCUCAAUAACAUUCGGAAUGAUUGGGGAGAGGACAUUGAGAAUAAUGCAGAAUUUGCUAAUGAGUAUGACUACUAUCCAACUGAAUAUGACUACUAUCCAACAGAAGAAAGCUUAAAGCUAGAUGAUUUUGAAGCCAGUAUUGCCCCUGAUGGUGAUCUCUUGAACAAAUCAAGAGGUUCCAGCCUACAGGAGUCCCUAGAUGCGAUACAGGAUCAAGAAGACCAGGAACUAGCAGAGAUCUCUGUGCAGUUUGCCAUUGAGUCUAUCACUGAGGAUGCUGCAACUGGGGAAGGUCCAGUCUUGUGCAACAACCUUAUCAGCAGUAAAAAGAAUGAUCAAUUUUACAAUUUGAGUGACGUUUCCAACGAUGACUCUUCAUUUUGUUCGAACAAAAUGUAUGAACACUUUUUAUCUACAUCUGGUAUCAUGCACGUGGGGAUGGUAAUUUAUUGCUUACUAUUUUGGCAAAAAUUUGGCCUCAAGCAUGCAAUUAGAACUCAUUUGUGUGGCUGCAGUAGACUUGACACAAAGCCCAUGGAGAAGGCUCUGGUGCGUUACUCCUACGUGGGGGAGCAUGAGGAUGAGUUAUCCCUCACUGAGGGGGAGAUAAUCAACGUGCUGGACAAGGAUCUAGAGGACAGUGGCUGGUGGCGCGGUGAAAUCAAUGGGCGCGUCGGAGUCUUCCCCGACAACUUUGUGGAGCUAAUCAAGGAAGAGCCGUCAGACAAAGCUUCACGGCCCAUGGUUAUUCCAGCACCUCAACCCAAGCCUAAGAAGCCCCCUCCCCCUGUCCAGCCUGCGCAGCCUGCUGUGUCUAAACCAGGGCCUCCCAAGCUGCCAGAUAAAGGGCCAGUGAUAUCUGCUGAGCAAGCCAAACCAGAACCGGAAAAAGAGGAGAAGCCAGCCCCUGUUCAGCCGACUGUACCCAGCAAGAAGCCGAUCUUUCCACCCCCACCCCUUACCAAGAAACCCACCAAAACCAUAGACCUAAAAGACAUAGAGAACAAGGAUGAUGGUAAACAUGGUUUUGAAGCUGUUGAGCCCACGUCGGACAAGCUGGUUCACCUGACAGCUACCCGGCCUAAGGGACCCACGAAGAGACCACCAUCUCAACCCAAGAAUGCAGUAAACAUCAUUCAGGAUGAGGAGAGGAAUGGAGAGGUGAAGGAGACUCACGAGAAGCCAGCCCUCACUAAGGCAGACAAACCAGACAGACCAGACAUGGUUGGAGGCAAGACAGCACCAGUGAGUCGCCCAACAGAGCCACCGACCUCUACAGUGAAUGCACAUCUUCAGUCUGCCAUUGAUGAACUACACAAAGAAUUAAUUGACCUAAAGGCCAACACAGUUUCAAAAACUGCUUUCAAUGAGCUUAAAAGUGAAAACGAACACUUAAAACAGGAACUUGAAAGUAUGAAAACACAAUAUUCAAGGAGAUUCCGUGAUAUUAUGGUGGAGAUAGACGAGGAAAAGAAGAUACGAUUGUCUACCCAGGUUGAGAUGGAGCGGAUAAGGAAGCUUGUGGCUGAGUCACAUGUUUGAUAGCCUGUGUAGGUGUAUACCAUGGUAGCAGAAUGCAUGUAGAUUUCCCACUGAUGUUCCAGCUGGAUUUUACUACUUUAUGCAAUUACAUAAAGUUGAUGAUAAUUUUAUGUCAUUGUUUAGAAUACUUAAAGUUCAACACACUUUUGCUUAACUGUUAUAGAUAUGCACUUGCUGACAUAGCUUGGUAUUAGUUGAUGCUUUGUUAUGGAGGCUUUGUGAAGAAGUCUGUUGGCAUUAAAGGUCUUGUUAUUUGAAAUCAUUCCUGUUUGCCAUACUUGGGCAUGCAUUUAUGGCAGUAUAAGAUUGUUUUACUGACGUUGUGAGUUGUUUUCAGAUCCUCUUUAAUUGUUCAUAAAUUUGUAAAAUAGCUUUGUAAAUUUUCUGCACUGGGCAUAUUUUAUUUUGUUUAUUAUUUUUGAACACAAACUGUGAAGGUCAGGGAUUUAUGUUUUAAAAUAUAAAUUCAAAUUUUUUGCUAUUUAUUUCUAGAAUACAAUAUUUAUACUUCAGAAUGAGUGUCAGCUUUUGCUUUUAUUUAAUGGAUGACAGAAACAAUCUGGUUGUUAGAUUGUAAAUUGUUAAUGCAUAUUUCUUGUAUAUGUAACUGCUUCUAUUUCCACGUUGUGAACCCUAAAGCACUUUCAAGGAGCCAUUCAGAUAUUGAUAUCUUUAAAUUGAACAUAAUUUUAUCACUUUUCUGUAAACUUAUUUAUCUUAACUUGUCUUGUAAGCGCCCAUGUGGCUUGAUGUAUGUUUUUUCACCACAAGACUCGUUGCUAUUUCAUUUCUCAGAAAGUUAGUUCUACAGAUUCACACAUUACAGUACUGAAAGCAAGGAUGGUGUUGGUGAAGCCAUGCUUGUAAGCAAUAAAAAGAUCUGUAUAUUGAACAAGUCCGACGUAAACAUACACAAGUAUUAACACAAGUUCAGUAAUGUUGCAGUAUUAAUACUAAUUUGUCCAUUUUUGCUGUAUAAGUCAAACUUUGUAUUGUAGCUGUGUAACAUACACGGCUCAUAUUCUAAUAGGAAACUUGUGUUAAUUCACCGUGGGUUUUGCUCACAAAGAUCUUAACCCUUUGCAUGCUGGGAAAUUUGUCAUCUGCUAAAAUAUUGUCUGCUGAAUUUCUAAAAUUAGCAUUUUUUCGAUUUUUUUUCAAAGAAUACUAUCAGAAUAGCAAACGGUUUGGAUCCUGAUGAGACACCACGUUCUGUGGCGUCUCAUCUGGAUCCAAACUGUUUGCAAAGGCCUUUUAAAUUCGGUUCCAGCAAUGAAAGGGUUAAGGAAGCUCUUAUUCAAGUUUAUUGAUUAAAUUGCACAUUAAGGUAUUUUUGUGUGUGACUCAAUAUUGAAUGUCUGUACUUUGUAUUAGUAAGAAGCAUCCUCAUGUUCUUGAGGAGAUUAUGAAACCAUUUAAUGAUUGAUUACAAAAAUAUCUUGAAAUUUACCAGGGAAAAACUGAGGGAAUGGAGCGAUUAAAAGAUAUAUUUGUCACUUGCGAUUUUUUUGUUCAUAUGAGGCCCAUUUAUUUGGGAUGUGAGCUAAGGUAUGCAUGCGACUCCAUGACUAGGGUACCGAGGUCUUGCCAUAACCAUUCCAGAGCACAUACACAGCAGUGCACCGAGUGCAAACUUGUGAUGUAUAUAUAUCCAUUAAAGGUGUAUGUCGUUAAUACCCUGUAUGUAUUACUUGUAAUUGCCAUUCGUCAGACCAUAUAGCUAGGUACACUGUUACAGUCAACAGGCAGGUAUUUUCAAAAUUAUUAUGGAAUUAAAUUUAGACUGCUUCAAUGUUUAGUUUUCUGGUAUAGUCUCUUUGCUUAGUAGCCUUUAUCAUUUGCAUCCUUAACUCUGUGUCCUACACAAAUAAAAAUAAAGUCAAUUGUGUUAUGUAACUAAAUAAGUUUCAUACACAAGCGUGAUUACACUUUUGUUUGGUGUGCUGAUAUCGGAACAGGCAUUAUGUUAUUUCCUUUUGUUAAAGUUUACUCAUUUGUCAUUUUAUCUUUUGAGAAAAUAGUGCUCCGCUGUGUAUUUUGUUAUCCCAUAUACCCGCACGCUAUUUUAUCUAUGCUGUACUACAUCAUUUACUUCAUAAGACACAUUUUAAUUCUGGUUAAUUUGACAAGCUUAAAAUAAAAGUAGUAUACCAGGUUUAUUUCCCAGUUGACUGGACAAUCCUUUGUGUCUGGUUUAUUAUGCCACUCUUCACCAGCUUCUCACCACAGCCUGGUUCAUGAGUAUGACCUGCUCAAUAAGGCAUAAUUAAUUUGAAUUUGCACUUUCAUUUAAAUUUAUUCUUCAAAAUUGUGUAAAGAAUGACAUUUGUUUUGGGUUAUUGUCAUCUUACAGAAAUCUAUAUGUGCAGACAGACACAUAAAAUGUUAUAAUGCAUGUAUAUGUGUUCAUUUGACCUGUGUUACGGAAUAUCAAAUCAAUAUUCCAUGCAUUGUGUUAGUUUGUGCUUUAGUAAUAUUUUAUAAAUUUACAAAUUUAAGCAUUCCAUUAUUAAUUAUAUAAUUAUGUAAAUAUAUACUUAUAUAUUAAUACAAUAAAUGUAUCAACAUAAAGAUUUUUUCUUUUCAAUGCACUAGUGAAUAGGUUUGUACAACAACAUGUUUUAGCAUGAUUUUCCGUGGCGACUAUUUCUUUCACGACUUUGUGUACCGGAUAUUCGGAUUUGUGAGGUCCUUCCGCGACUGCAUUAUGCACGGCGUAUGCCCCAUCGCCUCUUCCUAAUAAACAUACCAGACACUUAUUGAGAAAUUUUUAAAUAUAUGUGCAACUUCAAACUAUGUAGGCAUCAAUAAAAGAUAUUUAAUUUA